AAUUCUUCUUCUUCUUCAACACUGAACAGUCUGCUAGUCCACACUUCCAUAAAGGAAUCUUUUAAUAAACAUCAUUUCUCUAUAACACCAACUUUCAACUGUCCACUUCACGCGCGUGCGCUACUGGGGUGGACUUCAUCGCGCGCUCGAAAUCCGUUCCCAAAAGCCUUCCGGACGAGGCGCGCGCUCACUUCUUCGUCACUUGUUCAAGGCAGGCAGGAGCUCGCGAGCCACCGGACACACGGACACACCGGUAACGACGCUCUCUGACCAGGUAUGAGCCAGUGGCGAUGGUGAUUGACAGAUGAUCUGACAGAGGAAGACAAUCAGACGUCGUCUCCGUGCUGGUUAUUAUGGGGUGCGUCUGUUGCAAGCAGAAGAAGUCCGCCAAAUUAGCAGCAACAUCAGCAGCAGUAGACGUUACAGAUCUGUCUCCUAGCAACGCAGAUGGAGGGUUGUCCGCCGCCUUGACUCAGGGCCGUUACUGUCCCGACCCGACUCAGGCCAUCCCAGACUUCAACAAGGGCUUCCCAUCCAGCACCAUCUUCCCCAGCACCAACACACACCAGCGGCCUGGAGGCAUAACAAGUGGUGGAGUCACUCUCUUUAUAGCUUUGUACGACUACGACGCUCGUACCGAAGAUGACCUCACUUUUCAGAAAGGAGAGAAGUUCCAGAUCGUCAACAAUACAGAGGGUGACUGGUGGGAGGCUCGCUCUUUGGACACAGGCCACUCAGGUUACAUCCCCUCCAACUACGUAGCUCCUGUCGACUCUAUACAGGCCGAAGAGUGGUAUUUUGGGAAGAUGGGGAGGAAGGAUGCGGAGAGACAGCUGCUGGGCAAUAGCAACCAGAGGGGAACUUUCCUCAUACGAGAGAGCGAGACCACCAAGGGUGCUUACUCUCUGUCGAUCCGUGACUGGGACGACAACAAGGGAGACCACGUCAAACAUUAUAAAAUCCGCAAACUAGACAAUGGUGGCUACUACAUCACAACGAGAUCACAGUUUGACACAGUGCAGCAGCUGGUAGAGCACUACACAGAGAGAGCGGCGGGACUGUGCUGCCGUUUGAUUGGCAGCUGCAAGCGGGGCAUGCCUAAGCUGGCCGACUUAUCAGUGAAGACCAAGGAUAUGUGGGAGAUUCCCCGCGAAUCUCUCCAGCUGAUUAAAAAACUGGGCAAUGGCCAGUUUGGAGAAGUCUGGAUGGGCUCUAAUGAUGGGCUGUGUUAUUACCUGACCAUGCCCUGUCCCAACUCCACCCCACUCACCAUGGGCCUUGGGCGGGACGCCUGGGAGGUGCCCAGGGAAACUCUGUCCAUGCAAAGGAAGCUGGGACAGGGCUGCUUCGGGGACGUUUGGAUGGGCAUGUGGAACGGUACCACCAAGGUAGCGGUGAAGACUCUGAAGCCAGGGACCAUGUCCCCCGAGGCCUUCUUGGAGGAAGCUCAGAUCAUGAAGAGACUCCGCCAUGACAAGCUGGUGCAGCUCUACGCCGUUGUGUCUGAGGAGCCCAUCUACAUCAUCACCGAGUUCAUGAGCCAAGGAAGUUUGUUGGACUUCUUAAAAGAUGGGGAGGGGCAGAGUCUUAGGCUUCCUCAACUGGUGGACAUGGCUGCACAGAUUGCAGCUGGAAUGGCAUACAUCGAGAGGAUGAACUACAUCCAUCGUGACCUGCGAGCAGCUAACAUACUUGUUGGAGACAAUCUGGUGUGCAAGAUUGCUGACUUUGGCCUGGCCAGGCUCAUCGAGGACAACGAGUACACAGCCAGACAAGGGGCGAAGUUCCCCAUCAAGUGGACGGCUCCUGAAGCUGCAUUGUAUGGACGCUUUACCAUCAAGUCAGAUGUCUGGAGCUUUGGCAUCCUACUAACUGAACUCAUCACGAAGGGACGUGUGCCAUACCCAGGCAUGAACAACCGUGAGGUGUUGGAGCAGGUGGAGAGGGGCUACAGGAUGCCCUGUGCCCCGGGCUGCCCCGCCUCGCUCCAUGAACUGAUGGUGCUGUGCUGGAGGCGAGAGGCUGAUGAGAGGCACACCUUUGAGUACCUGCAGUCCUUCCUGGAGGAUUACUUCACGGCCACGGAGCCGCAGUACCAGCCCGGAGAAAACCUGUGACCACACACAUGUGUAGGACAGAUGUGGAGCAAUAAACGGACAAACACAAAGAGAAAGACAGAAAGGAAGAUGUGGAUGUAUACAUGCAGAUACACGAUAUGCCUUCAUUGUAUUUGUAUUCCUACUGUGCACACACACACACACACACACAUACACACAUACAUAUUAAGAUACAUAUCAUUGCCUUGUUUCAUUGUUUGAAGACAGUUCCUUCCUUUUUGGUUAUUGAUCACUGCAGUGCAGCCCAUUCAGGACAGAUCAGUCAACCAUGUUGAGGAGCAGAGUCGGAGCUCUGCUGAUCAGGCCUUGCAGUAAUGUUGCUUUACUCUGUAACCAUGACAACAAGGAACUGAAAGAAGAUGUAGAUGGUUGUGUCGAGGUGGGGGGGGAGUUGAGUUGGUACAUGAUUUGUUCAGCUGCCAUAAAUGUCCAGGUCCUUUUGAUUUCUGUUUCUCAGAAGAGACACUCCGAAGGGCAACUGUUUGCCGGAGAUAAAUAUGUUGAUAGAGAAAUGAUAGAAGGUGCAACAGGUUUCAGACGACAUUAAAUAAACCUUGUGAACCUGUGUUAUAGAUUAUGUAUGCAGACACUGUAAGAUAUAAUAACAUGCCUCCUGUUACAAUACAAAAGGCUGUUGAACUGAUCCAUGUCCAUCACCUGAAAGCGGGAACUGAUUUCAAGCUUGCUCCAACAUGUGCCUUAAAGUGGUCAAAUUAAGGGCUGUUUUAGAUUUUAAGUACCUUUAAUACUGUGUUAGUAAAGUCUGAGAGGGGAGAUGGUUAGGAAUGCUCUUUGUUUGUCUGAUCAUUUGAAUGACAAUUUUGUAUGAACUGUCUCUUUUGCUGUUUUAAUUUAACUCAGAUAUAUAUCUGUGCAUCACAACGACUUCUAUAUUAACAUGUAUACAGUUUUCAUCCAUUGGGAGGGCAGGGUGAAAUGUUACACGCAAAGGGAAACGAUCAAUGUCUUGGGUCUGUGGAAGGAUAGUGUUUUAAUCUGUGUUGUUUUGACUAAAGACUGUAACCUUUAUGUGACUUUAUGAGAUUCCCCUGUUAUGUUAUUGUAAUAAAAAUCAAAUAUCAUUUCCG